AUGAGAGGUUACCGGGGCAUCAAGUACACAUUAUUUAUCUGCUGCUACAUCUUUUGGGUUGCCAGUGCUGUCUUGAUUGCGGUCGGAAUCUAUGCCAAGAUCGCCAAAGAGAAAGAUGCGGUGGACACCCUGACGGCAGACCCGGCGCUGCUUCUGAUAGUCACAGGCUCCCUGAUGUUCACCAUCACCUUCUUAGGAUGCUGUGGAGCGCUGAGGAACAUAGGCACACUCCUGAAACUGUUUUCAGGUAUUCUUUUGGUCAUCUUCCUCCUUCAGAUUGCUGCGGGUGUGCUCGGAUUUCUCUACUCUGAUUUGGUCUUGGAGAGGACGGAGCAGCUGAUGAUGAGGGCUAUAGUGCGUUACCGUGACGAUCUGGACUUAGAAAACGUCAUUGACUUCAUACAGAAGAAGUUCCAGUGCUGUGGAGUGGAGUCUCAUAAGGACUGGCAUAGUAAUGUGUAUUUCCAGUGUGAGGAGACCAACCCCAGCCUGGAGGCCUGCGGAGUACCCUUCUCAUGCUGCCGGAGGAACAAGAGCGAGGCGGUGUUCAACACCAUGUGUGGCUACGAGACCCAGGGGAUGGAGGAUGAGGAGGCCAGGGAGGACAUCUUCAUCACGGGCUGCCUGGAGAGGAUCGUGCGCUGGGGGAAGAACCACCUCUUCCUGGUCGGAGGCAUCACCAUCGGCCUCGUCUGCCUAGAGCUCUGUAUGAUCUGUCUGGCGUCGGCACAGCUGUCUCGAAUCAAGAAAAUAGUCAGGAAGAAGAGACUCCUCAGUCUGAGAAAUUCAUGGAGGAUGCAGAGCAGAUGA